UGGAGUGGUUAGUGUUGCUUUUUCGUUUUAGCUAAAAUCGAUGAUUUUCUUUUAAAAAUGGAAUCGAAAUACACCGAUUUAACGAGGUUAUGUCGAACUUGUAAAAUGGAAUCUUCCGAUAUGCGGCCCCUGCAUACGCGAGACACUGACAAUGGCACAGAUAAUCCUAGAGUAGAUGACAUGCUAAUGUUACUCACAAAUAUAAAGGUUGAAGAAUCGGAUAAACUCCCACAUUUAAUAUGCAAUUAUUGCGUGACACAACUAAAAGCGGCCGUUAAUUUUAAACAACUUUGCGAAGCCACAGAUUUAUUUUAUAAAGAUUUAUUAAAUCUCAAUAUUGAGCAUAAAAUCGAAAUAUACGAAGAUAUGAUACUUUCAGAGGAUACAUCAAUAAAACAGGGAGGAGAUAACGAUAAUUUAAAUAAUCGCGACUACAUCCAAGUUCUUGAUGAUGAGAACAUAUUAAUUUUAACCUGUGGGGAAUGUUUAAAAGUUUUCACAACAAUCGAGGGUUUAAAAUGCCAUAAACGUAUACAUUCUAAAGAUCCAUUUAAAUGUAAAUAUUGUGGCAGGGAAUAUUUAAGCUUAAAAAGUUUAAAUCGCCACGAAUUGAUGCACACAAAACGAAAAUUACAUGUUUGUAAAAUAUGUAAUAUAACUAUAUCACGAGAUACUAAUUUAAAGAAACAUUUAAUGGUUCAUUUGAAAGAUAGGCCAUAUCAAUGUGAGGGCUGUACUAAAGGUUUUAAUCGUUCUGAAGAUUUAGAUAUUCAUAAAAAUAAAUGUAAAGGGCAAAAAAUUUACACUUGUAAUAUAUGUGCGAAAGGUUUUAAUCGAGAAGAUAGUUGUAUGGUGCAUGAAAAAAUGCAUGAAGAUCAACAAUACGUUCUUCCAACAUUAGAAAGUUUAGAUAAUAUCCAAGAAUUCUAUUAUGAAGUUGAUCUAAACGACGAAAAUAUUAAUUUAAUUAAUUCAGAGAUUUCUGAUGUUGAUGUUGAAGAAGAAUUCCAACCAGAUAUCGCUUGCGAAGUUUUAUUUACCCCAACAGUUGAUAAAAAUCCUAUCAUAGAUAUUAAAUCAGAAAUUUAUGCCGAAGAAGAUCCCCUGGAAAUCAUGGAAGAAAAAGCUAGGAUUGAAGAAGAAAUGUAUAAUGGAAAUAGUGAUAGCGCUGAAUCUGAAUACUUUCCUUUACGUAUAAAAAAGAAAAAAGGAAGGCCAAGAAAAAAACCGUUAAAAAGAUUAAGAGGUAGACCAAAAAAAUUAAAAUCAAACGAAAAUAAUGAACACACUUGCCCAGAUUGUAAACAAGUUUUCCCAGAAUUAUCACUUUUAGAGGAUCACAUGAUUAAACACGAAUGCACUUAUUGCAAAAAACGAUUCGCGAGAUUUACUCACUUAAGGAGACACAUUUUAACACAUUCAGAAAGUAAACCAUACCCUUGUGCACAAUGUGAAAAAUCAUUCACAAGAUUAGAUCAUCUUCAACAACACAUUAAAGUUCAUGACCCCGAAUAUAGGCAUUCCUGUGAAAGUUGUGGUUUAACAUUUUCAAGGCAAAGUCAACUUUCCAGGCAUAUGGUCACUCAACACAACGCUGAGCCUUCAAUGCAAGACGUGGAAAAAAAAUUUUAUUGCAAUAUUUGUUUGAAAGGAUUCACAACUGAAAAAUAUCGAAACGUUCAUGUGAAAAAUCACGAAGCUGGGAGGCCGUUUCAGUGUAAUAUUUGCAAGAAAACUUUUACUUUAAAAUCGCAUCUUAAUGAACAUAUAAAAUUUCAUAGUGAGAGUUCGAAAAAGUUUUUAUGCUCGGAAUGUGGGCAGAGAUUCAUUCGAAACGAUUAUUUAAUUAUUCAUAUGAGGAGGCAUCGUGGUGAGAAACCUUUUAAAUGUAAAUUUUGUGGAAAGGGAUUUCCUCGGACUACAGAUCUCCAUGUACAUGAAAGAUAUCAUACUGGCGAAAAAACUCAUUUGUGUGGUGUAUGUGGACGCGGUUUCGGAAGAGCUUAUAAUUUAAGGGUUCAUAUGCGAACUCAUACAGGUGAAAAACCUUAUCAAUGUACAUAUUGUCCUGCUGCUUUCGCCCAAGGAAACGAUUUAAAGGCGCACGUUCGAAGACAUACAGGUGAACGAUUUCAGUGUGAUCUUUGUGAGGAAACAUUUCUAAUGGGUUAUUUAUUAACACAACAUAAAAGAUCCGUCCAUGGUUUAAAUAUAGUAGGAAAUGUACGACGAUUAACACCUAUGAAAAAAUAUGAUAUCUCCAGUGAAGAACCAGAAACUGUAAGUUUACCUGAACCGGUUAUACUAUCAGCAGCUUUACGUGGGACUCGAUUGCAAACAGAAGUAAAAAUGGAGUAAUUAUUUGGAAUUCUACCUCAAAGCGAUGUUAAUAAUAAUUAUUUUGUAAGAGUAGAAUUUGUUGUUGAUCUUUAUUAAGAGAAAAAGAAACGUUGA